AUAGCAUAGAUUCAUAAACUCGGGUCUGAAAUCCUUCUUUUCUUCCCCCGCAAUCGCAAACAUUAUACUUUGCUCCCACUUUCUUCUCAGUCCAACUUCCUUUCCUUCAAGUCCUCCUUAAUUAUUACACCAACAACUCAUAUUCUAAAAAAAAAAAUCAUCAUACCGCAACCUCCUCUUCUCUAAUUAAUUAUUUCGACUCGGAUCUCCCCGUUGUGUGUGUGCGCCAAGCUAUAGCUACUUUCCGACCGUGUUUCACUUAAUUUCGAGGUUAAGAGGUAGAAGAAGAAGAAGAAGAAGAAAAAAUGAUGAAGCUGAUGUUUUCGGUAUCAGCGUUGUGCAAGCCGGUGCCAAUGGAGCCCCUAUCCCUAUUCGGGCAGCGGAGGAAGGAGAAGGUGGUGGUGAUCAUGGGCGCAACGGGAACGGGGAAGUCAAAGCUGGCCAUUGACCUGGCCACGCAGUUCCCACCGGCGGAGAUAGUGAACUCGGACAAAAUGCAAGUGUACCAAGGUUUGGACAUAACGACGAACAAGGUAAUGAACGAAGAGUGCCGAGGGGUCCCACAUCAUCUGCUAGGCACGGUCCCUCCGAACAUGAAUUUCAGCGCCAAGGAGUUCUGCGACCACGCCAGCCUCGCCGUUGGCUCCAUCUUGGGAAGGGACGCGUUACCCAUCAUAGCGGGUGGGUCCAACUCGUUCCUGGACGCCUUGGUGAACCACCACCCAGAGUUUCGGUUGCGGUACCAGUGUUUGUUCCUCUGGGUCCACGUCUCCCUCCCCGUCCUCCACUCCUCCCUCCAAACACGUGUCGACCGCAUGAUCCACGCCGGCCAGCUCCACGAGGUUCGACACGUUUUCCAACGCAACGACCGCGACUACACGCGCGGGAUAAGAAGGGCCAUUGGCGUCCCCGAGUUUCAUCGUUUCUUUGAGGCCGAGGCUGACGGCGCCGACGAGAGGACCAAGAAGAUGCUUCUGGAGGCUGCCAUUAAUGACAUCAAAGCCAACAACUGCAACCUCGCCAACCGACAGGUCGACAAGAUUCUGCGCCUCUACGGGAUGUGGAAACGGAACAUGCACCGCCUCGACGCCACCGAGGUUUUCCUCAAGUCCUCUCGCCAGGAGGCCGACCAGGCCUGGCAGGAUCACGUCCUCUCCAAGUCCCGAAGGAUUCUCCACAACUUUCUCUACGAGGACACGCAUCUUCCCGCCGGGAUUUCCUCCGUUAUCGCCUCUUCUCCGCCGGCUAUGGCCGCCGCCACCGCCGCCGCAACUCACUAGAUACAUAUAUAUAGCCACAGAGAAUCUAAUUAAUAUAGAGAAACAAUCGCCGCCACUGACAUAUGCUUUUUCACAUCUUUUCUUUUCUUUUCUUUUCUUUUUCUCUCCUUUUUCUCUAGGAUCGAUCAUGUCGCUGCUUUCGUUAAAACCUUUAUACUUACUUCAUGUAUAAUCUUUUGUUACUUACUAUAUAUGUAAUGUGUUACAGUCACCCAUAUACUACUUAAUUAACGCUCUUCCAUUAUUUCUCCUUAAA